AUGACGCUGACGGGCUUCGGCUACACGUUGAUGGCCAAGGCCACCCAGGGGCACAAGUCGGAGCUGCUCGGCCACGAGUUGCGGACGUACCGGGACCUUACGGACCAGCAGGGCGUGCGCAUACCCGUGUGCCUCGGGGUGAUGCGGCUGGAGAGACCGUACGUCGAGAGCUGGAUCGACGAGGCCGGCAUGCCGCGGUGCGUGGCCCUGACGGACAUGAUGCUCAUGUCGUACGUCGGGCGCGACAUCCGGAGCCCCCGCAUCCGCGCCGGCCUGCGGCAGCGCGGCAACGAUGUCGAGGGCAGGGCCUACAUCACGCAGAUGGAGCUCUGGCACCUUGGGCUCGACAGCACAGGGUACAACAACCUCACCUGGUGCGAGGAGCUGGGCCGCGUCAUGAGGGUCGACUUCGACCACGCCCACGUCGAUGCGGUCAAGCGCUGCAUCACCUGCAGGUCUGACCGGCUGAACCACAGGCGCCCGCAUCCCAUCACCGGCAAAUUGGCGAGCCGGCUCCCAUUUGCAAAGCUGGGGUGGGACGACUGUACGUGGGGGCGCAGCCCGUUUGCCCAGGUCCGCGACGUACGGCCGUCCGAUAUGGCAAUCGAGGCCCUCUUUCUCGCCUAG